AUGGCGGUCCGCCCAGAGAGUGUUGAGGACUGGUUCCAACUCGUCCCAGACAUGCUCGACGACGAUGCGUGGCAGAUUGAGUCUGACUGCUCUGCCGGCAGUCUGCUUUACCGCAGCAGCCCGUGGGCCGAACAUUCACAGUUGGUCAGGCUUUCCAUCAAGGACAUCAGGGUCCGUGGUGUGGAAGACUCUUCGACGCUCUUCGUGCGGCCGGAGGCCCGUGCUCACUUCUUUAGCAGACAUCCCGAGCUCAACGAGGAGAACUUCCAGCUUCUGGACCUAGUCGCGCCUGGUCAAGCCGUUGCGCAGCGCUUGGCGCCUUUAAAGAUCUCCAAAAUGUGCUGCGUGGUUUUCAGCACUAUGGAGAGAGCGGACAGGCUGAGCUACUUUUACCAUCCAAGGACACCUGGACGGGUCCGCCACGCGGUGCGGCGAAACUAUCCACAGCAAGGUGCCAGCGCCUACGCAGUUCAAAGCAUCCCGGAAGCUUUUGAAGCCAUGGUCAUCGGACUUCCGCAGGAUGAGGAAGAGCUCUUCACCAUACAUGCCGUGCUCCGGGUGCCCAAUAUUGCCCACUGGGCUUCUGAGCAUUUUGCCAGCUUAUUGGAGUGCCUCAGGGACACGGCAACCUCUUUCCUGAACCGACCUUUUACCGCUGAGAUCAGGAAGCUUGACGUUGACUUCUACGUGAUCCUCACCAUUCAGAGCUGGCGACGCGGAUGUCUGCUUGUUCCGGCUAUGAGGGAGGAUGCCACAAGAGAAUUGACAACCAUUGAUGCAGCACGCAAGGAAGGACUUGCUAUGUGGGUCUGUUUCCAUCCCCAAAUGGUUGGCAGUAGCAGCUUCUGCUUGUCGGAGUAUCUCAUGCUCUUCUUGCAGAGGAUUGACUUGGAUGUGGCCGUGUAUCAAACUCUGGAUGGGCAGGAACUGCUGCCAUAUCAGUGUGCAAUUUCACGGGAAGUAUGGCAUCGCAUCCAGCCAGAGUUCAAAGGAGCCUACAGUUGGCAGAAGACCGCCUAUCGUCGGGCCUAUGGUGGCUGCUACGCUCCGAAUAUUUUUGAGUCUUCACAGCCCAAGUUCCGUACAAAGCCCAAGCGCCUGCCUGCACAAUACCGCCAGGAAAUGCUACCAACCCCGAACAUUGUCGUCCGCAACACAUUUGUGGAGAUGGCGGAAGACCAAGUCAAUUGGGCAGGGGCAAGCAGGAGAUCCAGAACGGCUUCACCUCUGCGCGACCGCUACAUCUCGGCUGCAUGA